AUAAAAUAUAAAAAAUCAAGAUGGGUUGUGCUGCAUGGUUUCUCUUCCAUGCAUUCCUCCUCCUUGUAGCUGCAGUCCCUUCCUUGGGAGGAGAAAAUCCUCCUCCUCUCCAUUUCCAUAAACCACCACCCCCUCUCUUUCAGCACAACCUACCACCACCACCUCCACCAUUUCAUCAACACCAUCACCAUCAUCAUCACCAUCAUCACCACCACUACCAAUAUGCUACACCUCCCAUUCACCAUCCAUCACCACCUUAUCAUGCCCCACCUUUCUCAAAAACCCCACUUCCCAAAACCCCUUAUACACAUGCCCCACCUCCCAAAACUCCUUAUCCCCAUGGCCCACCUCCCCAAACCAUCCAUUUACAUCCACCACCCCCAAGAACCCCUUAUGCACAUGGCCCACCUCCAAAAACCCCUUGUUCACAUUCCCCACCACCUCCCAAAACCAUCCAUCAACAUCUGCCACCUCCCAAAGCCCCUUAUACACAUGCCCCACCACCUCCCAAAACCCCUCAUGCCUCACCACUUCCCAAAAUCCCACCACCUCCCAAAACUGCAUUGCUACACCUCCCACCACCGCCACCUCCUAUUAGAGUUUCCCACUCUCCACCACAUCUAGGACGUUUCAGGCCUCGACGUGGGCCCCCUCCACCUUCAUCCUCACCAAACAUCCAUAUGUCCCCACCUCCUCCGUUACGACCACCACCUCCUCCAUCUCUCCAUCUCCAUCCACCUACCCAUCUAUACUUAUCUCCUCUACCCCCUCACCAUUAGCUCCUCCAUGCCAUCCUCAUCAUCAUUCACGACGUGACCAUUAUCAUCAUCAACGGGAUCGGUAGCUGCGGCAAUAUCAACACUGUCUUUCUUUCUCUUUGUUCAGUCAGCUGAUGUUACUACUCUGUAGUUGCACUUUUCUUUUUACUUGUUAUAUGUAACUGUAGCUUUUUUCCUAUGGAUUUGAGCCACUUGCAAUGAGAA